GCGUCAAUAUACUAUAACUACAUAAGAAUGUCUUGCGAAGAACUUACUGAAACAGAAUCACAGCAAACAUCGUCAAACAAGGAAUCGCGAGAAAACGUGCCUUCGGGUGUAACCUCUAAGAAACCCGCGUCUCAGACACACCUCAGUCUUCAAGGACAACAAUCAAAAAAUGAACCGAGUUCAACGGCCGAAUCAAGUCAAGAAUUGAAAGUGAACGCAAUUAGGAGACAAAAAGAAUUAAACGAAAAAGACAUUUCAAACUCUGCCAGCGCAUAUCAAAAUGCGUCAAGCAGGGACAACAUCAACAGGUCUAAUAAUAUUACCGCGAUCAACGGUGUUUCUGAUGUAGAGGACGCCACCACCAGUGGACAUAAUGGUGAUAGUGUCAAUGGUGCACCUGAUCAUGAUCAGGAUAAUGAGGAUGUGAUUUCUCGGAGGCCGAGCGUUAAUGGUAAUUCUCAAAGGUUGUUGGAUUCCCAAUCUGGUUUGAGUAUACAUCAGCGUCUUAAUUCGACAUCUAGUUCUUUAAUUAACAUUCCCACAACAAAUACUAGCACUCUCGCUUCAUCCAACACCGGUGUGAACGCAAACACUGUGAAUGUUACUAACAAUGCCAGUAAUUCCUACGCAAAUGGUCACAGUGUGACGGGAUCAAUGUACGAGGAGAUUUCGCAAAUGUACCCAAGUCAAAAUGCACAGUUCAUUCCGGUUACUCCUCAAUACUUUACCCCCCAAUUCUUUCCAAACAAUGGACAAUUUCUUUAUGACUCUCAAUACAGAUUUGCUCGUUCCCCUCAACUUCUUCCCUCAACACAACCUAUCCCCGUAAGAUCAAACGUUUAUCCUUAUCCUCAAAUACCUGUAAUUACUCAAAUGCAUCCUCCUCCCCACUUCCACAAUCCCCUAAUUCAAACUCCACCUCUUUCUGUGAGAUAUCUAAAGCCUCCCAGUGCUGGAGGGGAUUCCGGGUUUUCGUCUCGGAGAAGCUCUUUUGAUCAAGCCAGAAAUUUUGAAUUUAGUUCACAACGGAUACAUCAACAGAAUAAGCCCAAAGAACUGGAUAAGGCUCUCUGGGUAGGGAAUCUACCUGAUUCCACCACUCACGAAGAAUUGAAGGAGUUUUUUGCUGAUGAAAAUAUGGAGAGCGUAUUUCUUAUCAGAAAAUCAAAUUGUGCCUUUGUAAAUUAUAAGACUCAUGAGGCAGUUAUUGAUGCCGUUGAAAAAUAUAACGAGAAAGAAUUUAAAGGAAUCAAGCUUGUUUGCCGACCAAGGAAGCAGACACCUGCGGACCUAAAGAAAUCAGGGUCUCGGUCGUCUCUGGUUUCUGAAAAUGCAUCUCCGCCUACUCCUUCGGAAGCAGGAUCUACUGCGUCUUCUUCUACAAGAUCUCGUAGGUCAUCUGUGCCACCACGACAACGAAUUCGACAAUCCUCAAUUACGUCUGCGUCAACUACUUCACCGAUAUCUCCGUCAAAACCUCCAUCACAGAACAGAUAUUUUAUCCUGAAAUCGUUGACCCAAGAUGAUCUUGAUAUUUCCGUGCAGAAUGGACUUUGGGCUACGCAACCUCAUAAUGAAGCUCCUUUGAACAGAGCCUUUAAAAGUGCAGAACAUGUUUAUCUGAUCUUCAGUGCUAAUAAGAGUGGCGAGUUUUACGGAUAUGCAGAAAUGAAGAGUCCGAUUAGUAAAGAGACAACAGAGACCGUCCAAUGGACUCCAAUAGAUGAAGCAGCACUAGCUGCCUCCUCUUCGCGACCUUCAUCUGCCUCGGAAGAUUCAAAAACACGAGUGAAAAAGUCACAAGAUGAUGAAAAUGAAGAUUGUGAAGACGACUGUGUUCCUUCGCGAAACUGGGGAACAACUUUUAAAAUAGAAUGGAUUACAGUUAAAAAAUUGCCGUUCAUUCGAACGCGUCACCUACGUAAUCCUUGGAACUUAAAUCGCGAGGUGAAAAUUAGUAGAGAUGGCACUGAAGUCGAACCAGUUGUUGGAGAAAGAUUACUAGCGGAAUUUCAUAAGGAGCCUCUGCAAGCUGUUUCCUCUUCACCUUAUAUGCCACUUAUGUUGACGCAACCAUUAAACAUCGAUAAUCAAAAUGUUGGCGAUGCCCAAGAACGGAGGACACCGUUACCUUCUCAAAACGGGACGCCUUCAUUACAAACUCC